AUGGUUCAGCAGGUUUAUCUGCCCAACGGGCAGGUAUACACAGUUACUCCAGUAUUUGGUGGCUUCACCUUCAAGUCUGCCAACCUGGACUUGCAUCAUUCGGCAAUGCCCCCGGGUUGGACUGUCGUACUGCAAACCGAGGACGAAGUAGAGACCGAACCGGAACGAAGGAAGAGUAGGAUAUCAAUAAACCAGCGCUCUAACGACCAGGACGACACUCCUCUAAAGCAAGUGGUUGUGCACCGCUUCACCAGACCCACAGUUCAGAGCGAUUCCCUCUUCAUAUCCUCAAUAUCGCAGCCAGCCAGUACGGAUUUCAAAAGCAAUGCUUCGCCAACUAGGCACAUUGCGAUGAUGCUUUGGGCCACCCUAUGUUGGUAUUUCCACAAGGAGGCACCAAAACCCUAUGCACUAACAGAAGCAUCCGCCUUGACGCCGGAAAGCGGAAGACCAAAGCUCGAAUGGCGCAUCAAGAUAAAAAGGGAAGGUAUCUUCAAGGGGAAGAAUACACUGCAAAAGCUGGAACGCAUGGGAUUGAUCGCCAGUGAGGAUUCUUGCGUUGGAACCGACACCGAUGUUCGAUUACCUACAGGAUGGGGUGAGACAUUUGUCAGCAGACGGUCCUUCUGGCAGAUCGAUGCGCGGAUAUUUCUGUUCACACUGGCGCCUCUGCAACAUUCUCCAUUUCCACAGGCAUCGCCAUUCCCCUCUCGCCCUUCCUCACCAGAUCGAACCUCAGGGCUGGCCGAGAGACCGUCGCCACGGCCUUCGGACCAUGUUGUAAAUACAGCUGGUGUUAUCUCCGAGUCUUUCGCUGCUGGAAUAUCCUCUCCAGGAGGACCGUUUAACUCGGGAAGUCACCUGCCGACAUAUUAUCCCGCACCACCCACUCAAUUCACAUUUACCAAUCAUAUCAGACAUCCGAUUCGUCCCAAGCCCCCACGGCAGGGUGAGACCUUCUAUAGCAGAUAUAUCCCUAGCCUCGAUCAAUAUCUGUCUUUCCGUAUACCAUCACUCUCAUCCAAACCAUGUCCACACCCACACUUUGGGCCUACAGGAGGCUCAAUGCCCGCCGUGUUACCAAGUCAUACCCCAGGCAUCUCUGUGGCUACGUUGCCAACCAUGGCCAAUUUUCUGGACCGCCCAUCCGAUCUAGAGCUUCUGCAUAAUUGGAUGAACGAUCCUCGAGUCAAUCUCGCAUGGGGCGUUGCUGGACCGACGGCCACGCAGAGGAAAUUCCUCGAGGAUGGGCUAGCCAGCCGGCAUUCGUUCCCUAUAUAUGGGUGUUUCGAUGGCAAACCAUUUGGCUAUUUUGAAGUCUACUGGGUCAAGGAAGACAAGCUUGGAAGGCUUUUGGGUGGAGACGUGGGGAAUUAUACGCGAGGGAUACACGUUCUUGUUGGUGAAAAGGAGUUUCGAGGACCCCAUCGUGUGAAGGUCUGGUUGUCUGCCCUAAUCCAUUACUGCUUUCUGGCGGAUUCGAGGACGGAAACUGUUAUGCUGGAACCCAGGGUGGACAACACAAAAUUUAUUGAAUACCUCAAAAAUGCUGGCUUCUACAAGCAGGGGGAAGUAUCAUUCCCGCAUAAGCAAUCAGCGGUCAUGAAACUCGACAGAGAAUCCUGGGAGGCGCCUGAGCUGUAG